CACUGGAAGACACGAGACAGCGAGGAGUACGAGGCCGAGGGGCAGCUGCGCUUCUGGAACCCAGAUGACCUAAACGCUUCUCCUGGAGCAUCACUGCCCACCCCAGACUGGAUAGAGGAGAAACUGCAGGAGGUCUGUGAGAACCUUGGCAUUACCAGGGAUGGCCACCUCAACAGGAAAAAGCUCAUCUCCAUCUGUGAGCAGUAUGGGCUCCAAACAGCAGCUGGGGAGGUGCUUGAAGAGGUGCUCCACAACCUGGAGCAAGAUGAGACCAUGAGUGUAGAGGACUUCUUCUAUGGCUUGUUUAAGAAUGGCAAGUCACUGACACCCUCGGCGUCCACUCCCUACAGACAGCUGAAACGACACCUCUCCAUGCAGUCCUUCGAUGAAAGCGGGCGGCGCACCACCACCCCCUCGGCCAUGCCCAGCACCGCCGGCUUCUGCCUCUUCUCCAGCCUGGAUGAUGGCAUGGGCCACGGCUGCGUGGAGGAUGUCCUCGACUGCUGGCACCAGGAGGGCAUAGAGAACAGCCAGGAGAUCCUGAAGGCUUUGGAUUUCAGCUUGGAUGGGAAGGUGAACUUGACAGAGCUGACGCUGGCCCUGGAAAACGAGCUGCUGAUAACCAAGAAUGGAGUCCACCAGGCAGCCCUGGCCAGCUUCAAAACAGAGAUCAGACACUUGCUGGAGAGGGUGGACCAAGUGGCCAGAGAGAAGGAGAAGCUGCGGUCGGACUUGGAAAAAGCUGAAAAGCUGAAAUCCCUGAUGGCCUCAGAAGUGGACGACCACCACGCAGCCAUUGAGCGCCGGAACGAGUACAACCUCAGGAAGCUGGACGAGGAGUACAAGGAGAGGAUUGCAGCUCUGAAGAACGAGCUGAGGAGGGAGCGGGAGCAGAUCCUGCAGCAGGCCAACAAGCAGCGGCUGGAGCUGGAGCAGGACAUGGAGAAGCUGAAAACUGAAGAGGGCUACAUGCGGGACCGCCUGGCCCUUGCCCUGAAGGAGAACAGCCGCCUGGAAAAUGAGCUGUUGGAAUCAGGAGAAAAACUGGCUGAGUAUGAGAGCUUGGCAAGCAAACUGCAGAGGAACUUGGAAAAUGUCCUGGCUGAGAAGUUUGGUGACCUGGACCCCAGCAGUGCCGAGUUCUUCCUGCAGGAGGAGAGGCUGGCCCAGAUGAGAAGCGAGUACGAGCGGCAGUGCCGGGAGCUGCAAGACCAGAUAGAUGAGCUGCAUUCAGAGCUCCAGGAGUACCGUGCUCAGGGCAAAGUGCUCAGACCUUCACUGAAAAAUUCACUGUCAGAAGAGUUUGACUUUGAUAUGAAAAGUCAUGGCAAUAGUGGUAUUGAGCCUGACCAAGGACUUGGUUCAGAAGACUGCAACCCAUUAAACAUGAGCAUAGAGGCAGAGAUGGCUAUUGAACAAAUGAAGGAGCAACAUCACAGGGAUCUGCAUCACCUCAAACAGGAGCUUGAAGACACAGUGAGCCAUUAUGAAAAGCAGCUAGAUGAGACAAAAACCCACUGUGAAAAGGAGCAGGAGGAUAUGAGGAAGAAAUAUGCUGAAGAGAUGCACGUCAUGGAAAAGCAAAUAACUGGCCUUAAACAUCAGAUUGCAGAACUGCAAGGAGAGGCAGCAGUGCUCAGAGAACAGCAGGAAAAGCUUGACUGUAAAUAUCAUGAUGAGAAAAAUGAAUUGCAGAUGCAUUUUGAGGAGGAAAAAGCCAAUCUGCAAGAACUAUUGAGGCAGGAACAUGAAGAUGAUGUUAGAGCCAGGCUGGAGCAGGUAAAUGAGAAGUUCAGUCAAGAACGGGAAGAACUGAUUCAAAAUGGUGUCUGGGUGGAAGAAAAGAUGAGAGUUUUAGUGCAGACACUGCAGGAGGAGAAGGGAGAGUUGGAACGUGGCUUUCAGGAGCAGCUGAAAAGGAUGGCAGAGGUGCAUGCCCUGGAGAAGGAGGAGCUCCAGCAAGAGCUGCUGAGGAAGCACGAGCAGGACCUGGAGGAGGAAAGGAAAAAAAUGGAAAGUGACUAUAACAGAAGAGCAUCUCAAGCAGAAACUCAGUUUUCUGUCAACACACAAACCCUUGUGAAUAAAUACGAAGAAACAAUCCAGAAUCUGGAAGGACGUUACCAGCGAGAGUUGCGUGAACUUGCCGAGCAGCGGAGAGAGGAGAAAUCUCAGUGGGAGUUUGAAAAGGAUGAGAUUGCUCAGGAGGUUGCUGAAGCCCACGAGCAACUGAAGUCAAGUCUGGCAAAUGAAAAGGCUGUUUCUUCUGCCCUGACCCAGGAGAAGGAUCUCUUGGAGAAAAACUUCAAGGAAGAAGUGAACAAGCUUGUGUGUGAAAGAGAGCAGCUUCAGAAGGAGCUGCAAGAGCUGAGGAGUGCUGCAGAGAAGCAAGAGCAAAAGCUGAAGGAUAAAAUAACACAACUCCAAAAUGACCAUGAAAAAGAGCUAAAGAACAAAGAGGAGCAUCUAUCUGUGGUGGAGGAAAAUGGGAAGCUGGUUAGGCAAAAGCUAGAGAGGCUUGACAGUGAGUAUAAGCAAGAGAAAGAAGACCUCAAUUCCAAACUUCUCGCUUUGGAGAAUUUAAACAAAGACAUUUGUGUAAAAGCAGAAACAGAAAAGGCCGAGAUGAAUUUGGAAAUCUCAAACCUCCAAGGGAAAAUCCAGAAACUGCAGUGGGAGACCCAUAGUUUUUCCAUGCUCCAGAAUCAUUAUAGGCUCCUGGAAAAUGAGUAUGCCAAAGCAAAGAGCAAAAUCGCUUCUUUCUCUGGUAUGGCCCCUCUGGGAGAUGAUGUGGAUGUCCUGCUAAAUCUGCAGAAAGUGCACGAGCAAGCUGUGAAGGAAAAUGUCAGGAUGGCUGCUGAGAUCAUCAGGCUGCAGCACAGGUUGGGAGCUGUGAAGCGGGAGCCCACGAGACCUCCCAUUUCUGACUCGGAAUCAUCUCUGCUGCCAGAUGAAAUGGAUCCCAGUUUUGAAGGGUUGCCCAGUGAUUGUAAAGAGCUGGAGGAGGGAACAGUUCAGCUUUUGGAAGCGGAUACUACAGACCUGGAAGAAAUGGCUGAGAUUGAGUCAGAUUUGGAGGAAGUAUGUGGUAAAGCCAGAGCAGGGAGAGAUCUUGAGGAAACUCUUGAGAGAGUUCCCAGACCCAAAAGGCCGCUCAAUAAUGUUAAACAGCAGAAGGUCCAUCUGCUAAAUCACAGCAUAGCUCACCAAAAUAAAGGGUCUGUUUCUGAUGCUUUGAAACUGCAGGUUGAUCUUGAGAAGGCUGAAGAACUGAGUGACACCUCUCUCCAGCUUGAUCAUGCUCCCAGGUCAACAAAUGGUGACCUGAAAAGCGUCAUAGCUCAGCUUUGGGAAAGGGUGGAAGAGUUAGAAGACAGAUUAAUGGCACAGGCUGAACUUCUGUCCCUGCAAGAAGAAAUUCAGGUAGAAAAUGAGGAGCUGAAAUCUGAAAUGAUAAAGUUAGUUGAAAAAAAUGAAGUGCUAGAAGACAGCCUGCGAAAACUGAGAAGCCUUCAUUGCAAGCUGGAAGGUGAUGAGCUCAGAGAGGCAAACGCCCAGGUCCUUCACAAAGUUAAAGAAUUGGAAGAUGUCCAAGAACAAGAUGCAGAAGGAGAUGCAGAGGCACACGGUGAGGAGCUGAGACUGCAGUGCCAGCUAGAAGAACAUGCCACCACGUUUACAGGGCAGCAAGACAAGCACACCCACAGUGCCAGCGCAGUGGAAGAAAUGGGGGAGCUGCCAGAACCCCACAGGAAGCUGCAGGAGAAAGCUGCUGCUCUGGUUAACCCAAACAUCACCCAUGUCCACGGCGAGAGGGACGUGGUGGCCCACGGCUUACAAAGCACGUGCACCCAGCUGCAGCAAAAAGUUGAUCUCCUGAGGUGUGAAGCUGAGAAGCUGAGAGAAGAGAAUGUUCUGCUGAAGAAUGAGGUGACUUUGUUAAAUGAGGAAGGGAGUGCUGCCAGCCUGAAGCUGAGGGAGCUGAGUGGAUCCCCAGAAGAAAUGAGGCAAAAGAUAGAAGCUGUGAGAAAGGAGAAGGCUGUACAGAAGAUGGUUGACAACUUGAAAAAGCAGGUAGCAGAUCUGAAGACCAGGAACCAGCAGCUGGACUCUGAAAAUACAGAACUUAACCAGAGGAACUCCAAAAAUCAAGCAGAUGUGCAGGAUCUUAAUCAACAGUUGGCAAGAGUGCUCAAGCAGAAGGAAAGGGAGGUGGGAAAGUGUACCCUGGAAGAAUGGGAAAAAGAGAGACUGGCUCUAAAAGAGGAACUGGAGAACUCCAAAGUAAAGUCAUCAAAUCUGGUGUCUUCCUUGGAGAUGGAGGUGUCAAAAUUGAAGGUCCAAGCUCAUAUAUUGGAGCAGGAGAACCACAUGCUGAAGCAGGAAGUCGAGAACACAAAACAGCUGCCCAGAUGUCCUGACCUCUCUGACCUUCAAAAUGAAGUUUCGAGCUUAGUGACUAAAAAUGAGACGCUGCAGAAAGAGAAAGAAGCCCUGAGUGAGGAAUUAAACAGGUGUAUUGAUAAGGUAGCUAAAGUAAGCUGCUUAGAGAAUGCAGUUGGCAGCUUGAAGCAGGAGCAGAAGUGCUGGGAACAGCAGAGUCAGGCACUGAAGGCACAGCUCACUGUUUCACAGGAGAAGGUUCAGAGUCUGGAUGAAACACUGCAAAACACCAACCUCCAAAUGGCCCGACUCAAAUCAGACUUGUGGGUGACACAGCAGGAGAAGGAAACUCUCAAACAAGAAGUGAUGUCUUUGCACAAGCAACUGCAGAAUGCCAAUGAAAAGAAUCGGGUUCUAGAACGGGCUGUGCCUUCCUCAGGGCUGCAGGACCAACAAAGGCAGCUCCACUGGGAUGAACUGGCCCAUCUGAUGAAACAGGAGCAGCACCUGCUCAGGCAGGAGAAUGAAAGGCUCCAGAGAGAAGCCCAGAGCACCAAAACAGACCUGGCUCACUCCAGGGAGAAGAUCCGACAGCUGGAAUCUACUGUUCUUUCAUUGAAGCACCAAAAGCAUCAAAGCCAGUCAGGUAUCGUCAAAGCCAUGGAGCAAGAGAAAUUAAGCUUGAAGAGAGAGUGUGAACAGCUUCAGAAGGAGUUGUCCUCUGCAAACAGGAAGAUCAGUCAGAUGAAUUCUCUUGAACGUGAACUGGAAAGCAGCUCAGAAAACGAAGGGCUUAGAAAAAAGCAAGUCAAACUGGAUGAUCAGUUGAUGGAGAUGCUCCACUCGAGCGGCGGCGUGACGCGUAGCCAGGCUCCGCACCCCCGGGAGCUCCAGCAGCAAGGCUGUGCCACCGUGCCCAAGGAACAGCUCCUGCAGCUCCAGCACCAGCUGCUGCAGGCAGAGAGGAGGAGUCAACGUCUUCAGGAGGAACUGGAAAGCAGACCCUCUGAAACAAACAUGCAGCAGGGGGGUCAUGAGCAUCUUCUAAAAAUGAUGGAAGAACGUAUGAUGGAUGUUGAACAGAAACUAAGGCUUGUGAAGAGGCUUCUCCAAGACAAAGUAAAUCAGCUGAAAGAACAACUUUCCAAGAACACUAAAGCAGAUGCCAUGGUCAAGGAUCUGUACGUUGAGAAUGCACAACUGCUGAAGGCUUUGGAAAUGACAGAACAGAGGCAGAAAACUGCUGAAAGGAAAAACUAUUUAUUAGAAGAAAAAAUUGCCAACCUGAAUAGAAUAGUGAAGAAUUUGGCAUCACCAUCCUUUAAUUCAGCACCUGAGAUAAGGUCAUAG